AUGUACAUGCAGCGCCACGGCUCGACGUACACACACCGGUCCCGACCAGGCGAGAGCCCCGAGGACUCCCACAACAGACGUAAUAAACCCACACCAAGCAACGCCGCUGCCAUAAAAACCGCACUCGCCGAUAUGGAGCCACUGCUGGGAAAGGUUGGUGGAUCGGAAAAAUUAGAGUGGUCCAAAAAAAAAGAGGAAAACGCUUGCAAGACUGCUGAACGCAACAGCAAAGCUUCUGGCCUCGCCCUCCACAAGGAAAUGACCGAGUGCCACGCCGAAUUCUCGAAGAAAAUUGUGGAGGAGGAGAAACAAAAAGAAGCGGGUUAUCAGAUGAGAGUUAGAUUCCUGCGCAAAAUGUUUGCCGGCAUCGAGAAGGAAAUGUUUGGCGACGAAUAACACCCAUAUGCACUCUCGGAAAAGUGUUACCUUGCAAUCGUCGAAUUUUAUGCAUGCGUGACGGGGGGGGGGCGGGGGGGAGUUUUAUUUUCAUCGUUGGGCAUGGUUGAGUCAACGUCUUCGUUUCGUCGCAGCAUUGAGGAUACGUGCGCCUCCGCAGAGACGUGUGGGUUGUUUGGUUGGCAACAACACUUUGAGAGGAUGCCUUGCGGCAACAAAGGAGUAUCAACGAAAAAAUACGGUGGAAGAACGCCGAGACCGUUGUGGUUCACGGGCAAGUUGCUGCGCCUGUAUUCAACGAACACGAGGGCGCGUUUUUGUUUUUCUCUCCCUGCUGCAGGGCUUGCUUGCUGCGAGGGUCGUAGCCUUCUAUUUUUUUUGGGGCCAGGCGGG